UGGCUAAUUAAGUGUCCAAACUCAUUAUAAAAGGUUAGCCUUAGUGCUCUGAUUAACUUGCACUCCCAAGCACUGGCCUUUCACAAAGCUCAGAGAAAGGUAGAGUUUUCACACACUUGAAAGCCUUCUUGGUUACUUAAUUGCUAGCCUUGCUAAGAGAUGUCUCAGGGAAGAGGCGGUGCAGGUCAAGCCAUGGCCAUGGUGGUAGUCUUAGUUCUCUGCCUGCUGGUUCACAUGGAACAGGUUCAUGCUGCUACUUACAUGGUUGGAGACUCUGGUGGCUGGAGCUUUAACACUGAUAGUUGGCCCAGUGGAAAGCGUUUCAGGGCCGGUGAUGUGCUCGUAUUCAACUAUGAUUCAACAAAUCACAAUGUCGUGGCGGUGGGCCGGAGCGGGUACAGCAGCUGCACAACUCCGGCGGGCGCAAAGGUGUAUAAAUCCGGGAAGGACCAAAUAAGGCUGGCCAAAGGACCAAACUACUUCAUCUGCAACUUUGCUGGGCACUGUGAAUCAGGAAUGAAGAUUGCCGUUAACGCAGUGUAAUGCUUUAGAUAUAUAUAUAUAUAUAUAUAUGUUUGUGGGACUGAUAUUCGAGGACAGUUCCUCUAAGAAUUAGUAUAUACAAGGUUAAUGGCCGGACUGUCGGUGCUCCUAUAUAUAUAUAUAUAUAUAUAAGAUGUCGAAGUAUUAAUAAUAUAACUACGCGAGUAUGUCUCCAGCACUAUUGGCUUGAGUGUGACCACACAAUGUGAGUAGGUAGCUAGUACCGAUCAUGUGAAAUAUUGGCUAAGAUCAGUGUGUGACCACAAAAUAAAAGUUGCUUUUUAUGUUUUCUU